CAGUCAGUCAGUCAGUCAGUCAGUGAGUUUCAUCGACACUUACCUGGAUAUCAGAGCACGCGCGCGCGGUCACUCACCAGCUGUCAAUCACUUCACACGCUCACAUUCUGCUUCAGAGACUUUUAUUUACUGCAUUUAUUUACUUUUUUUUUUAAACUCACACGACAGGUAUUUUCCUACAUAUAUUGAUUUUAUAUAGCGCUCCAGACACACGCAAACUAAUCCAGGAAAAACUUUGGGAGAGUUCAUACUAAAUCACCGGGCAGCGCACGAAAAUAACACAGGGUUAAUUUUAUUGAAUCAAAGACUCUUUCAAAACCUCUAAAAGAAUAAACGGAUCAGAACGGAAAUAAAGGAUUUGGUCCAAUUAAAAUGCAUCGCUGGAAAGUUGCUGUGCUGAUGUUUUUGGCUGCUGUGUUGGGGUGUGGUCAGGCGUUGGACCGCACACUCAUUCUGUCCAAUGAGAGGAGCUCGAUAGAGAGAACAUAUGAGCUAACCAAAUACCUGGACCACCAGCUGAAGGAGAUCAGAGACACCUACCUGUCUUAUCUUGGGCCUCCAUUCAGUGAUCCCGGCUUCUCUCCUCCACGUCCCAACAGCUCCUCUUUGUCCGUGCCCAGUGCAGCUACACGUGUGGACUUGUGGCGCGGGCUGGAGAACGGUGCCCGUCUGGCACAGAACCAGCGUGCAUACAGCAUUCUUCUGUGUGCUGUGAGGGAUCUGGCCCGCUCCACCCUGUGUCCGUACCUCCAGAGCUCUCUCCUACACUUUUGCUCCGGCCUCAGCGGGUUACUCGGCUCAAUAUCCGGCCUGAUGAACGCCCUGGGCUACACCAACCUACCACCCUCCACAGGUUACGCCACGGCCGCUCAAGGAUACGCCCCACCCAUGUCGUCACAGUUUCAGGGCGUGAGCGAGAACAGCCCUGCCCCUCUGCGGAGUUACGUGCCUCGAAACAAAGGCGUUCAGACCGCCUCGGGUGUGAGAGAGGGAACGACUCGGGCGGAUCUCAAGCGGGACAGAGAGAGAGAGAGGGGGAGGAGAGGGAGGAGAAAAGAAGGAGAGAGUUGGGUCGCCAAAGAGGAGGGAGAGAAGGAGGAAGGAAUGGAGAGAUGGGGAAAAAGGAGAAGACUGCUGAGCAUGGAAGAGGAGAAAACGCUAAAACUGAUAAACAACAUGAACUACACAACUUUAAAAGUUGGAGAUGGAUACCGAAAGCAGCCACUACUCUUUUCCUUGCCAUCCCUCCAUCCUCGUCGAUCUAGCCGUUCCAUCCCGUCUCCUAAUGCUGGUCUCUCUCCUCUCUCGCUCCUCUAUCAGUACGGAGGGCCGGCCGCUGAGGUUCACACUUUGCUGGCGGCCCCUGUGCUGUCAUCACAUCCCGCCCCUAAUGACUUCUCACGGAAAGUUGAGGGAUUUUGGGUACUGCGAGAACUGCAGAGCUGGCUGUGGAGAUCUGCGAAAGAUUUCACCAGACUAAAGAAACGGCUACGAGCUUGAGAAGGAACAAACGCUCUGAUCUAAAACCUAAUGAACUGCCUUCUAACUAUUAGAGAAAUUUCUCGGACAAAAAAAGAUUCAGUGUCUAUUCUCAAUAGUGUAGCAAUGUAUGAAGCACAGCUCACACUGAAGUCACUUUCAAACCUAGCAGUUUUCUGUUGGUCAACUCUGCAAAUUCACAUGACCAACUUGAACCAGUUGCAAAAUCUGUGUGGGAAAACUUUCGCAUUUAUGCAAAUUCCCAGUUGCAUGGAUUCACAUUGAAAUGACUGGAUUUCACCCACGAAAAUUUGCUGAAUAACAGUAAAUGUGGCCACACCUUAAAGGAACACUCCACUUUUUUGAAAAUAGGCUCAUUUUCCAACUCCCCUAGAGUUAAACAGUUGAGUUAUACCGUUUUCGAAUCCAUUCAGCCGAUCUCCGGG